UCCAGAUUGAUGCCACUCCAUACUCUUCAAGUUUCAACAAGAGGACUGACUACACGGAAAGACGGAAAAAAGACGCAGGUCGCGUUCAUGGAGCAGCGUCUGGCUGAAAAUCUUAAUAUCUUUUCCUGACUGACUAGUCCCUGCUGGACCGGCGUGUGCGCGCCAGCCAGAACAGCUCCAUCCUGCAUUUACCCGGGACAGGCCGUGAAUGCUUCCCAAACCCACUGACACAUUCCUGCCCAAAGAUGCAGCCAGCAUGUCCCCCUGCCCCACCACCCCCGGCUCCACCUCCACCUCCACCUCCACCUCCACCUCCCCUCGCUCCGUCCCCACAUGGACCCCUCCUCAUCGGUAAGGGUCACCGCCGGCGCUCCAAGAUGCGCAAUUUCAACUGGGAGACCCUUCCCAAGCACAGCGUGAUAGGAAAGCACAACAUCUGGACGGCGGACAUAACUGAUGGGGAAUAUGAGCUGGACACGGAUCACAUGGAGGAGUUGUUCAGCCACAGUCAGGGCAGAAAACACCCCAGGGCGUCCAACCACCAGGGCGCCAGGGGCCUGCCAACUUCUGGCCCCGGAGGGGAACUGGUUUCCAUCCUCAGCUCCAAGAGGAGCAUGAAUAUUGGAAUUUUCCUAAAGCAGUUCAAGCGGCCCGUAAAAGACAUGAUUGCUGACAUUAAAUCGGGACGUGGUCUCGGUUUUGGUUCUGGAAAACUGCGGGAGUUGUGCAAGUUGCUGCCAGAAGAAGGGGAGCUAAAGCAGCUGGUUAACUUUAAAGGUGACCCUUCAGCCCUCCCUGAAGCCGACCUUUUUAUGCUACUGCUGGUCAAGAUUCCCAGUUAUGAAGAGCGUCUGAACUGCUUGGUGCUGAAAGAAGAAUUGUUUCCACUCAUGGCUGAAAUUAAGGAAUUCCUCAGUACUCUGACAGCUGCUGGAAGGGAGCUUUUAGAAUGUGACAAUCUCCAUUCUGUGAUUCGCUUGGUACUAAAGACUGGAAAUUACAUGAAUGCUGGUGGAUAUGCAGGCAGUGCAAUAGGCUUCCGAAUGACCUCACUGCUGAAGCUCGCGGACACCCGGGCAAACAAACCUGGAAUGAAUCUCAUGCAUUAUGUCGUCAUGCAAGCUCUGAGGGCUGAUGAGGCGCUGCUUCGAUUUCCAGAACAACUAAAGCACAUCGAAGCUGCAGCAAGAAUAAAUAAAGGUGACAUUGAAGCAGAGAUUAAAAGACAGGUAAAACAAGUCCAAGAGGCCAAAGAUGACACCUUGAAAGAGGAGGAUCUAAAGGCACAGAUGGAGGAUUUUCUAAAGGAUGCUGACGUUUGCUUGGAAGAAAUAGAGACUGAUCUUGAAGAGCUGCAGUCUGCCAGUGAUUCUGUGGCUGAUUACUUCUGUGAAGACCCCAAGAUGUUCAGACUGGAAGAGUGUUGCUCCAUUUUCCACUCCUUCUGUGAAAGGUUUAUGCGGGCCAUGCAGGAAAACAAGGCCAGAGAGAUGACUGAGCUUAAACGGAGACAUGCAGAAAGGUUACAAAUCGCAGCCAAGCGCAGAUCUACGGCAACCUGCUCCAGCAGAGACAAGGAAAUGGAUGGAGUUGCGUUGGAGAGCGUACUGCAGAACUUUCUGACCAAGCGAGUCUCUCGAAGGCGGCUGGGGAGGCCCUCAUCGAGCCACGGAAGCCCCCCAAGCCACAGCCCUACCAAUGGGAGCCUGUCAGAGAUCAUUUCUCAGACAAACCUCCCGUCUGGAAACAAGAAGCAUGGUCACACCUUCAGAGCAAAGGAGGUGGGCAGAAAAGAGUGGAAUUCAGCAGCCGAACUUACAGGGAACUCUCUCGAGCAGAAACUCAAGUCACAUUCAGCAGACGGCAAGGUCAAAAGCCGCAUCGCUCAUGAAGGAGAGAUGAAACCUUCCAGAACCGAGGAUUCAAGGGACUUGAAGCCCCCGGCAAAGAGGACCCCUAACAUCAUGUCUCCAGCUCGAUCUUUCUCAGCCACCACGGAUGACGAUGAGGAAGACCUGCAGGACAACACCAAGGAGGAGGCCCAGAAGUUGCGUGAGGCAUCCAGGAAAGUCUUGCGAUAUCAGAACAGUCGUGGCAGUACAUCGUCUGUGGAUUACGCUCUGGAAAAUCAGAACUCUCCUGCUUUAAAUCCCACUUUAACACGUCAAUUCACCUUCGAUGAGGAGACACAACGCUAUCCCGGAGAUCCAACCAACGAGGAUUUGGUUCGGUUCUUGCUCUCUUCUCAGUCCUUCUCAAAAAGUAACCUUAACCGCCGACACACUCUACCUCCCAAAAUCCCUAAAACUAAGGAAGAGGAAGAUAAAUUGCGGACUCGAGGUGUAGGUAGGAGUCCAGACCAUGUGACGAAAGAGCAAGGAACCCAGCCGGGAGAGGGAGCUGGACAGACUCCUCCAAAACCAGUGUUUGACUCCACUGACAUUUCUCAAAACUUAAAAAAACCAAGUGAUCAAGAGCAAGGCCCUCCGUCAGCUGAGAAGAAAAGUAAACCAAAUGAUUCUGCAGCGCGAGGAGCUGAAGGAAAACAAAGCCAAGAGCACAAAUCAAUGGAGUGCACCGGUAGCCAUCUACAGAUGAACAAUGAAAACAUCCCACCCCGAAGCAUGGGCUUUAAAACAGAGGACUCUGGAGUUUUUUUCAAUUUUUUCAAACGCCUUGGAUCUCUAAGCAAACUGCAUAACAGCAAACAAACUGUACCGGUACAUACAUGCACAGAGUCUGGUGUGUAGGCUUUGAAAAAAGAAAAUCGUUUUUUUAAUUCAUUUUAAAACCAAUGCAUUCAAUUAACCCUUGUGCUGUCUUUGGGUCAAGGGAGGGUGAAGGGAGAAGAGAAGGAAUGGAGGAAGGGAGAAAAGAUGGAAGGAAGGAAAGAAGGAAGGAAGGAAGAAAGGAGAAAAGAAGGAAAGAAGGAAGGGAGUAGGAAAGGGAGUAAGGAAGGGAGAAAAGAUGGAAGGAAGGGUGAAAGAAGGAAAGAAGGAAGGCAGUAGGAAAGGGAGUAAGGAAGGGAGAAAAGAUGGAAGGGAGGAAAGAAGGGAGGGAGGGAUAAAGGAGAA